AUGUCUUAUUACAACAGGUACAGAAACCGUAAGAAGUUUGAAGGUAGUCCAGCAGGAUCAGCAGGAUCAACUGGUAGUACAGGCUCUUCUAGUAUUGCACAAUCAGAUGCUACUUUUGAUUUGGGUAAAAAUAAGAGAGUUACUGUGAGACAGUUUCGGAAUGUGAAUUUAAUUGAUAUUCGCGAGUACUACAUGGACACUUCAACGGGUGAUAUGAGACCUGGUAAGAAGGGUAUAUCAUUGACUGAAGAUCUCUACGACGAAUUGUUAAAGCACAGAUUAAAUAUCGAUGAAGCAUUGAGACGAUUGGGAUCAAAGAGACCUCGCACCAAGACGGUCCGUCUACUGUCGGACGAAGAAGAUGAAGGUGCCGGCCAGGAGAAUGUUAAGGAGAAGGAAACCUUUUCCCAUAGUCGUAGUGAGGAUGAAUCGCCCAAAAAGAAGGUGAAACCUGCACCUCCUACUCUUCUUCCUCAAGAGGAGAAGAAGAAAAACGAUGAAAGGGAAGCAAAUGCAACUCUUGUAAUUCCUGGUGCUUCUAAAAAGCAAGAACCAAAGGUGGAGCCACAACAAAAACAAGUACCACCACAACCAGAGCCAGUACCAGCUGCGUCAACAUCGGCUCAAGACGAAGAUGCCUCUGAUGAAGAAUUUGUUCAAAACCUAGAGGAAGAAAUGAAUAAAGCAGAUGAUGAUAUAAGUGAAGAGGAAUAA